GAGCGGAGCUCCAAAGCCGAGCAGCCUGGCAACCCUGGUGGCUCCUUGAGCCUGAGUUUCCAGGAUGGCUUCUGCAUCAGCAUCUAAGUAUAACUCACACUCCUUGGAGAAUGAAUCCAUUAAGAUGGUAUCUCAAGAUGGAGUCAGUCAGGAUCUCAGUGAGAGUGUUCCUCAACUCCCAGGGGAAACACUAAUUACCGACAAAGAAGUUAUUUACAUAUGUCCUUUCAAUGGCCCCAUUAAGGGAAGAGUUUACAUCACAAAUUAUCGUCUUUAUUUAAGAAGUUUGGAAACGGAUUCUUCUCUAAUACUUGAUGUUCCUCUGGGUGUGAUAUCAAGAAUUGAAAAAAUGGGAGGCGCGACAAGUAGAGGAGAAAAUUCCUAUGGUCUAGAUAUUACUUGUAAAGAUUUGAGAAACCUGAGAUUCGCAUUGAAGCAGGAAGGCCACAGCAGAAGAGAUAUGUUUGAGAUCCUCACAAGAUAUGCCUUUCCUCUGGCACACAGUCUGCCAUUGUUUGCAUUUUUAAAUGAAGAGAAGUUUAAUGUGGAUGGGUGGACUGUUUAUAAUCCAGUUGAAGAAUACAGAAGGCAGGGGCUGCCCGAUCACCAUUGGAGGAUAACUUUUAUUAAUAAGUGCUAUGAACUCUGUGACACAUACCCCGCUGUUUUGGUGGUUCCUUAUCGGACCUCUGAUGAUGAUCUCAGGAGAAUUGCAAUUUUUAGAUCCCGGAAUCGGAUUCCUGUACUGUCAUGGAUUCAUCCAGAAAACAAGAUGGUCAUUAUGCGCUGCAGUCAGCCUCUGGUCGGUAUGAGUGGAAAAAGAAACAAAGAUGACGAAAAAUACCUGGAUGUGAUCAGGGAGACUAACAGACAGCUUUCUAAGCUCACGAUUUAUGAUGCACGACCCAGUGUAAAUGCAGUGGCCAACAAGGCAACAGGAGGAGGAUAUGAAAGUGAUGAUGCAUAUCAUAACGCCGAACUUUCUUUCUUAGACAUUCAUAAUAUUCACGUUAUGCGUGAAUCUUUAAAAAAAGUGAAAGACAUUGUUUAUCCCAACAUUGAAGAAUCUCAUUGGUUGUCCAGUUUGGAGUCUACUCAUUGGUUAGAACAUAUCAAGCUUGUUCUAACAGGAGCCAUUCAAGUUGCAGACAAAGUUUCUUCAGGGAAGAGCUCAGUGCUUGUGCACUGCAGUGACGGAUGGGACAGGACUGCUCAGUUGACAUCCCUGGCCAUGCUGAUGCUGGACAGUUUCUACAGGACUAUUGAAGGCUUUGAAAUAUUGGUACAGAAAGAGUGGAUAAGUUUUGGACAUAAAUUUGCAUCUAGAAUAGGUCAUGGUGAUAAAAAUCAUGCUGAUGCUGACCGAUCUCCUAUUUUCCUCCAGUUUAUUGACUGUGUGUGGCAGAUGUCAAAACAGUUCCCCACAGCUUUUGAGUUCAAUGAACGCUUUUUGAUUACAAUCUUGGAUCAUCUGUAUAGCUGUCGAUUUGGUACUUUCUUAUUUAACUGUGAAUCGGCUCGAGAAAAACAGAAAGUUACAGAAAGAACAGUUUCUGUAUGGUCGCUAAUUAACAGCAAUAAAGACAAAUUCAAAAAUCCCUUCUAUACAAAAGAAAUCAAUCGAGUUUUAUAUCCAGUUGCCAGUAUGCGCCACUUGGAACUGUGGGUGAAUUACUACAUUCGAUGGAAUCCCAGAAUCAAGCAACAACAGCCAAACCCAGUGGAGCAGCGUUACAUGGAGCUCUUGGCCUUACGUGAUGAUUAUAUCAAGAAACUUGAGGAAUUGCAGCUCGCCAACUCCGCCAAGCUUUCUGACCCCCCUGCUUCACCUUCCAGUCCUUCACAGAUGAUGCCCCAUGUGCAGACUCACUUCUGAGGGAAUCACUGGCACUAUACUUGAGUUCUGGAUAAGUGAAAUAGUUGACUUUCAUUUUGAGCAUGUGUACAAAGUAGAUUUCAAAUAUCUGCCUCCAUUUAGAAGUUGAAUUAAUAUCUUAGACUCUUGAGUAUGUGCCUUCUGUAAUACAUAUUAUAAGAACUCUAUGGUGUCUGUGUGGCAAUCAGAAGAAAUGAGUCGAGAGGGGGUUCUGGAAAAUCCUCACUAUUUUUUACAAAGCACUUUUGCGAAGAUAAAAUUUAAUUUACAUCUAUAUAAAUGCUACAUAUGCAGUAUAUAUUUUGUGAACUUAAUUGAAACAUUAUUUUAAAUCCAAGGGGGAACUGUGUUUGUAAAAUGGAUUUUCCUCCAGCUGCUUACAACAGUUGCUUUGGAUUAUCUAAAAUGAAUCCAAAUGGGAAAGAUGGGCAGUACUGCCAAAAGCCAAAUUGCACUCUGCUUCCUCGGCAGAUUCGACGAGCAAGGCGUUGAAGUAAUUGCCAAUUUUUAUACCACCGUAAGUGGUAAUGUAAGAAAAAAGAUGAGCGUUUCAUCAUUUUGAAAUUUUGAAAACAAAAGGUUCUCCCAUCAUUUUUUCAAGAGAAGCAUAUUUUUAUAUUUUAAAAGUGAUGUGGUUUGAUUUUUCUCCUUAAUUUUGCAAGCUCUGCUUUCUAAAUUCCCCCAGGAGCUUGUCUGACACUGAGUCAUACUCAGGUGGAGGCCAACCCCAUAAAUAGCACUGUGUGAGGAUGUCAGCUGCCUUCUGCUGCUUAGGUGAAUAUUUUCACAAACACACCUCUAGUCAGUGCAGCUUAUCUGCCAAAAUGUAGGCUUUACCAUCUUGGAUGGAAGAGCUAUGGCUAGAGCAUCUUUUUUUUUUUAAAUAAUGCCCCAGGUGUACAUUUUUUAGUGUAUUCUUGAAAGUAUUCUGUUUAUAUAUCUCCGUUUAAAUGGUGUUGGGUUUCUCUUCCAUGUGCAUGCAUAAGAACUGGUUCUGCACAUUAUUACUUGAAGUACUGGGCAGUUUGCUUUUUCAGGUUUUUUUCAUUUUGUUUUGUAGUAUGAAAUUUUAAGUGCACAGUUCUAUCCAAUAUCUGAAAUAAUUCAUUUAGUAAAUAUAUUUGUAAAAGCUAAAGCUAGAGUUAAAGCAUUUAAUUAAUGUUUUACCAUGGUUUGUAAAGAUUAUUUAUAGUUAAAAUGGUUUUGUUUUGGCAAAUUAAGAGAGAUUAAAUUUAUCUUUGUAAAUUAUUUUAUGUCAUAACUUACCAGUCUACCAAAUAAGACAUCUCAAAUAUAGUAGUGUAAUGUAUGGAUUUUAUAAGUAUAAAGUUUUUUAUUAGGUAUUCUUUUGCUUUUUGUAAACGCUGUAAAUAUUUCAUAAAUUAAAACGUGUCACUUCAUAAAAAGAAAAAAUGCUAAUACUAAUAGCUCAAAGGACUUUGUGAAAUUUCAUGGAAACAUUUUCAUGACAAUGAAUAUUUAAGACC